AUGAUGGACCACCGCACAUACGAGCACUGUCGACACCGGAAACGACGUUGUGCGUGGAAGACAAAGCAUCAAGUGCUGUCAUAUGUUGAGGAAAUGUCCGUUGGUGGCUCCUUCAUUGAAGGGCGGAAACAGGGAGUAUCAACGAAGCUUCCACGUGGCUUGACAUUAUGGAAUACGGAGACCAUGGGCCAUGAUAUAUUCAAAGUUUACAGCAAAUGGAAAGCUGAUCCGCCCGAUCCUGAUGAAAUAACCAGCGCCAAUCAUCCUUAUCUCGAAAUUAGGAAGCAUGCCUAG